AUGGCGGAGCAAAGGAAGCAGCACCUCCAGUCUUACAAGGAAGAAAUUCGCAAGAUGCAGGAGCUUGCUCGUAGUUAUUCGCAGAGGAUUAUUGAUGACUAUCAAAAGCUUAGUUCCGAACUGGAGUCCAAGAUGCAUGAUCUUGACUCAGUUUCCAAGCAUCUGGAUGAACUAGAUCCGCAAAGUAUCCCUCAGAUAAGGAACUACGAGCAAGAGAAACAUGAGAAGGAGGAACAAGUCACUUUAUUAUUAGAGCAGGAAAGGAAUGCCAAGCAAUAUUCCCUGGAUAAACUGGCUUCACAAAUUAGCUCUAACUAUAAGCAAGAGAAAAAUGAGAAGGAGAAAGAAGCCGCUCUAUUAUUGGAGUUACGCCAGGAAAGGAUGCGGAUAGUGAAAAAAGUCGCUCUAUUAUUAGAGCAGGAAACUAAAGCCCAGCAGCGAUCCUUGGAUGAACUGGCUUCAAAAAUUAGCUCAAACUAUGAGAAAGAGGAAAAUGAGAAGGAGAAAGAAGCAGCUCUAUUAUUGGAGUUAGAGCAGGAAAGGAUGCAGAAGGAGAAACAAGUCGCUCUAUUAUUAGAGCAGGAAAGGAGUGCCAAGCAGCUAUCCUUUGAUAAACUGGCUUCACUAAUUAGCUCUAACAAUGAGCAAGAGAAAAAUGAGGGGAAACAAGUCGCUAUAUUAUUUCACAUUUCAGAGGAGGAAAGGAAUGCCAAGCAGAAGCUUGAGUUAGAAAAUAAACAGCUGCAGAGCCAAUUGGAAGCAAUGGAGCACAUGCAAGGUGAUGAAGACUCUGAAUCAAAGAAGAAAAUGGCUGAGCAAAUUCAGGAGCUAGAAGAGCAUUGUGAUACAUUACAAUCAUUUGCACAGACUUUGGUUAUCAAGGAAAGGAAUGCCAAUGAUGAGUUGCAGCUUGCUCGGAAGGCACUGAUACGUGGCUUCCAGGAUCUUAUAACUGGCCAAACAUCUAUAGGCAUCAAAAGGAUGGGCAUGCUUGACCAGGAAUCACUUGAAAAGGCUUUCCAACAGAAAUUGUCAGAGCAUGAUGCUGCCUUAUUUUGUGCAAAAUGGGAGGCUGAGAUUUUUUCGAUAAAGAGAAAUCCAGAUUGGUACCCGUUUAAAGUUAUCAUGGUUGAUGGAAAAGAAAUGGAAAUUGUCUGUGAGGACGACGAGAAGCUUCGUGCUCUGAAAGAAGAAAAUGGCGAACAGAUCUAUGGUUUGGUGACAAAGGCCCUGCUCGAACUCAGCGAGCACAAUCCCAGUGGCCGCCAUCCUGUUAACGAGCUGUGGAACUACAAGGAGGACCGGAAAGCCACCCUGGCAGAAGUCGUUGAGCACCUCCUGAAGCAGUGGCGUGUGGACAGGAGCAACCUCAAGAGGAAGCGCACUGAAGAAGAUGCUGGAAGCACUUAG